CCAAAAUCCUUCUAAAAUGGAUUGCCCCAAGGGUUACAGGAAGUUGUAGCAGCUGCCAUGUUUAGCUGCUUUGUUGUAGAUUUCUUGUAGGUUUCCUGCAGAUUUCAAAGUGUUGCAAUGGAACCGAGCUGGAGUACAUUUUUAUUUCAGGUCCCCGGCUGUGAGAGGAGCGUUUUCGCCGAGGCGCACGCCCGGCCCUCGCUGCGUAAACAGCCCGGACCGAGCGCGGCUUCUGAGGCCCAGCGCAUGGCGGCGUGGCAGUUCGGAAAGGCUGCGCAGCAGGCGAAUGAAGCCCUGCACCACCAGCACCAGGUGGCCCAGAACAGCCUGCUGCCGCUGCUCAACUCCGGGGCCGAGCCGCAGGACCAGAAGCCCGUGCUGCCCAUCCCGCUGGACCAGAAGCCCCCGGUGAGCGCCGCCGAGCUCCUCAAGGACAACGUGGCCAGCGGGACGGGGGGCGGGGGCGGAGGGGGCGGCGGCGGCGGAGGAGGAGGAGGAGGAGGAGGCCCGCCCCACGUGGUGGUGAAGAAGGAGCAGAAGACCAAGACACCCUUCAUCUGCGGCUACUGCAACAAGGCCUUCCGGGACAGCUACCACCUGCGCCGGCACGAGUCCUGCCACACCGGCGUCAAGAUGGUGUCGCGGCCCAAGAAGGCGGCGCAGUCGGCGCCCACCAUGGUGCCGCUCAUCUCCACCGUGCCGCGGGAGAGCGGCGGGGGCAACCCCUCCUACAUCUCCACCAUCGCCGGGAUCCUCACCACCGCCACCACCUCGGCGUCCGGCGGCUCCAGCAUCAUGUCGGCCGCGCCCAUGGGCGGGGCACAGCAGCAGCAGCAGCAGCCUCCUCACCAGCAGGGGGCGCCCAAGAAGCCGCCCAAGCCGGUGAAGAAGAACCACGGCUGCGAGAUGUGCGGCAAGGCCUUCCGCGACGUCUACCACCUGAACCGCCACAAGCUGUCGCACUCGGACGAGAAGCCCUUCGAGUGCCCCAUCUGCCAGCAGCGCUUCAAGCGCAAGGACCGCAUGACCUACCACGUGCGCUCGCACGAGGGCGGCGUGCACAAGCCCUACGUCUGCUCCGUGUGCGGGAAGGGCUUCUCCAGGCCCGACCAUCUAAGCUGCCACGUGAAGCACGUUCAUUCCACGGAGAGGCCGUUCAAGUGCCAAGUUACGGCCUGCACAUCCGCCUUCGCCACCAAAGACAGACUGCGCUCACACAUGAUCCGACACGAGGGCAAGGUCACCUGCAACAUCUGCGGCAAGAUGCUGAGCGCGGCCUACAUCACCAGCCACCUAAAGACACACGGGCAGGCCAACUUCAACACUUCCUGUAACAAAGGGCUAGGGGACUGGCAGUGGAGCUCCACAGGGGUGCGAAAAGACACUAACGAAGUCUGCAACUCUGCCUCAGCCACACCAGUCACGGCCUCCGCCCCCAUCACCACGGCGAUGAACCGCGGCAACGUCAGCAGCAACCCGGUCACCAUCGCGGCGCAGAUGAACAUCACCACCAACACGGUCAACAUCACCUCGCCCGUCAACCUCCAGCACCCGGUCACCAUCACGGGGCCCGUCAACAUCGCCUCGGUCAACAUCCCCGCCACCGCGCCCAUGAACAUCGCCCACCCGGUGGCCAUCACCACGCCCAUGCCCAUGAACAUCGCCGGGCCCCUCAACAUCGCCAUGCGGCCCAUGGAGAGCAUGCCCUUCCUGUCCCAGGUCCUGCCCUCCUCCCCUCCCUGGUAAAAAAGAGAGGGGAUGGGGGAGGGGGGGGGAGGAAAAAAAACUCCAGCCCCCAGUCUUCUACCCGAUCCAUUUCACCAACCCCUCCCCCUGGGCGGCGCCCAGCCCCUCCCUCCAUCCCUCCCUCCCUCCCUACUGACUCCACCCCAGAUAUUAGUGUUUACUUGGUGCAGGGGGGCAGGAGGAGAAGCGUGGCUGCUGCCCCCCUGGCACUCGGCUGCAACAGCAGCAGCGCUGCAGCACGAAAGAUUUUACAAAGAAUCCUACAGGAGAACGCUAGGGCUGUUUUUUAAAAAAUGGUUUUCAGUUUUUAAUUUUGGUUUGUUUUGGGCUUUUUAGGCUUUUUGUUUGUUUUUUUUGUUUGUUUUUUAAAUCUUGGUCUGAAGGACACUGAGUUUAGGAGGGGGGGGUGUAAGAACGGCGAAUGUGAUGGGGUGAUGGGCGGAGUCGGGCGAACGAAGGGGUGAGGCUCCAAAUCCAGCCUCACAGGACGCCGGGACCUCUGGGUUUGGGGAAGGGAAGGGAAGGGAGGGGCUGGGUUUGGGUAAAAGGACAAAUGCAAUAAGUGUGCAUUGCAUUAAGUUUCAAAGGAUAUCUCAGAGUAGUGGGUGUUUCUCAUGUUGUUUUUUUAAUAGCCUGCUAAUCAGUAUUUAAUGUUUUAAGGAGAAAUAUGGCAACAAAAGGGACAAAGGCUUCCAUUCUGAGGGAAGAAUUUUUCAUGAUGUGUGAAACUUGAUUUUUAGCUUUUUAUUUUGAGGUACAGUGACUGUAUGUUGCCUAUGACCUGAUAAUGUUAUCCCUCUCCAAUCACUCCAUCUUGAUCUUUUAACAACAUUAAGUCCCUCACUGCUUAAGGUAUCUUCAGUUUAUUUUUCUUUUGUUUUGGGAUGGCUGGAAUGUGCUUCUUAGCUGUCAGUGGACAUUGGUCAUUGAACAGGAGCUGAAGGAGGAGUCUUGCACUGAAUGCAUAUCCCGUGUGUAAUGAAAUGCCAGUAUUAUCAAAGAUCAAAACUGAGAGUGUUAGGCAACCAGCUGUUAAUGUAGAUAUGGAGGCCAUCUAGUGGCCUGCGGAAACCAUGCUGAGAGAUUGGUCCUAAAGUUCACCAGUUUUGCUAUAACAGUUAUCAUGUUGGUGACGGAUUGUAGUUUUACUAGAAUUAUUUUAUACCCAUGUUUUUAUUUUUUAUUUUUUCCUCUGAAGUUCAGGAGCCUGUUAGUAAGGAUCUUCUGCUCAGGAAUCUUGCAGAGAGUAGCCCAGUAAUCUGGUUUGUGUUAAAACAGUGAGUUGAUGUCUAACACAUAACUUUUAUCCUGGACUUUUUUUUAUGUUACUUUGUAAAUACUUAACACACCGUAUACUUUUUUUUUCUUUUUUUUUUUUUUUGGCUAAAAAAAAAAAACUUAGAAGCCCUUCAUAGGUCAGGGAGCCAAGAACUUUAGUCACUUUUAAUAUUGCCGUCCACAUUUUAAGGAAAGAAAGGAAAAAAAUACAAGUCUGAAUGACUUCUGACACGGUUGAAUAUUCUCAUUCAAUUCCUUCACAAAUUUACCAUUGAGCUAAAGCUGCCAUGUGGGUUCAGGUUUGUUGGCAAUAAUUCCUCAGUGUCUUGUGCACCGGGGGCGGGGGGUGGAGAGAAACCAGGAAAUGAUCAACCAUCAGAGGGGGAACUCUGUGUAUUCCUAGGAUGUAACUGAGAAAGGGUCAGAACCUGGAGAACCGCGGGACUGGACCCCUUCAGCCCUCCGGUUCUGUCUCGCCGGUCGUCUCUCUGAACGUGGCUCGGCGCUUGUGACCCCGUGCCCCAAACGGCGCGGAAGCAAGAGCUCUGAGCCGGUUUGAAAGCCGUUGGCCGUCAGAAACUCCGCAUGAUUCUGAGGCCUAUAGCGUGCCAUUUUUGGGUGAACCCCAAUGUCUGGUUGCUGUGCAAACCAAGAAUGGCUGACAAACUUAAAAAAAAAAAAAAAAUUCCCUCUUCUGCCCUCCAGUGUUGCAUGAGGAGUGGAGCUUAAUAGGGUUUCAAUACGUUGCAAGCUCUGAAAAAACCAAACUACAAAAGAGGGAUUAAAAAAAACAAGACUCUUUUUUU